AUGUCAGAAGACGACGACGAGGACGUGAUCAUCUAUCGGCAUUACUGCCCCCCUGGGGUGAAGAGGGCUCUUGCCUCGGGGAGCAGUGCGUUCAUUGGAGAAGUCAACGAUUUCACUGUCUUGAAGCUCAAGGGCUCCUCAGCCGCGGGCCUCUACUUAGAACGCGCCGUGAAGGGUAAUAUAUAUCAGUAUCUUGUCGAAUCAACGAGCCCCUCCCCACCUACGAUACGCCAACGACUGUCAUGGUGUCGUGAGUCUGCCGAGGUGGUUGUCCACGUUCACUCGAGAAACAUCAUCCAUUGCGAUAUUCAGCCCACAAACCUGCUUCUUGACGAAGGUCUCCACAUCAAGCUGUCGGACUUCCAAGGCAAGCUACUUUCGCUCGACAAGAUGAUCUUGCUCGACGGGGGUAGCAGUGAGCCCACCCGGUUCUCGCGCCCUCGGGACGACCUAGAUAAUGCAGACAUCCACACAGAUCUCUUUGCACUUGGGUGUACAAUCUACUUCCUCAUCAUGGGCAAUGCCGUGUACCCCGACAUCAAAGACGGAGAGGAAGGAUGGCACGAGGCGGUUCGGGCCCGAUUCACAAAGCAGCAGUUUCCUGACGACAUGCCUGUAUGCGCAGACCUGGCCUGGAAGUGCUGGUUAGGCAAUUACAACUCAGCGAAGGAGCUGUUAUCAGAUAUCAUGCUGGUGGAAGCUGCUCAUCCCGAGCCGUAG